AUGAAUUUCUUCAAGAAGCCCGAUCCGAAAGAAGAAAUGCGCUCUAAUCAGCGAGAAAUUCGAAAGGCGAAUCGAGAUCUCGAGACCGAUCGACGCGCAUUGGAACGACGCGAGAAAGAACUUGAAGCGGAAAUCAAGAAGCUCGCCAAAGCUGGACAAAAGGAGGCGUGCGCGACUUUGGCCAAACAACUCGUGCAACUGCGAAAUCAAAAGGGGAAAAGCGUGGGGAUGUCGGCAAAAUUGAGUGGUGUUCAGGCACAAAAUAGCCACAUGCACAGCAUGCACACGAUGGCAAAAGUGAUGGAUUCAACGGCGAAUACAAUGAAGACGAUGAAUAAACAAAUGCCAGCCGAUAAAUUGAUGAAACAAAUGAAGGACUUCCAGGAACAAAGCGAACGAAUGGGACUAACGGAAGAGAUGAUGUCCGAUUCAUUAGACGCGAUUCUCGAUGAGCCAGGUGACGAGGCUGAACAAGAUGCCAUUGUAGCUCAAGUGCUGGAUGAGAUCGGUAUCGAGAUGAACUCAAAGUUGGCUGCCAUGCCUGCCGCUCCGAAGCAACAAAAAGAAACCCUCUCUGAUCAGGAUCUCGACAAAAUUCUCGCCCAGCUGCGAUCG